AUGAAACAUCGAGAGGCUUUGGCUCUCGUGGCCUUUGGUCUCUUGGCAGUUUCUAUCAGUGAAGCUGGUAAUGUAUUAGUAUGUAGAGAUAUCAAAGACUGUAAUACUUGUGCUGACAGUUAUAUUCAUAUUCUUGGCUUCAAAGAAGACUGCAGAUGGUGCCUAGAAACAAAUACAUGUGGUGGACCUAUUUCAUGUCCUAUGGGAAAACCAGUUAUCCAGAAAGACCCAUUCAAGUGUCCAACUCCAUAUAAGCCAACAGCUGGUAAACGGUAUACCGAUGCAUUGGGAAGAUCUCUAUUCGCAAUCUCCACUGCAGUUCGAGACCGUAACGUGUCUGAAUGUCUCCGAAGUGUUCGACCUGAUAUUACUUUCUCCCGAACUUAUGAAGUCGAGUGCGAUGGAUCUGGUAACUUGUGCAAGGGAAUUAUUGCAAAGAGUGAAGAAGCGAAGGCACUUUAUGUAGCAUACAAGGGAAGUACCGCUGGAAAGCAAGUAUUCGCUGAGAUGCUCCAUGGAUUGACCGCACAACUUGGUGCCUGGGAGAAGUUUGAGUCACAGGAUGCUGGAGUUAUCAACUAUUUCCAUACCGCUUUCUAUCGUCUCUUCAUUGACAGUGGAAUGGAAGAUGAUCUUAUGGAUUUGAUGAAGAAACACAAGAAUUAUAGAAUUUGGUUGACUGGACACUCUCUCGGAGGAUCUCUAGCCUCCAUGACCGCCCUCCAUCUCGUCAAAAAGAAGGCUGUCGACAAGAACCGUGUACGACUGAUCACUUUCGGAGAGCCACGUACCGGAAACAUCGCAUACGCCAAGGAGAUCGAAGAGAAUGUACCGUUCAGAUAUAGAGUUAUCAAACGUGGAGAUCCAGUACCAAAUAUGCCUGCUCCACUCAAUCCAGCUGUUCUAACAGCAGCUCAGUACAACCGACAGGCGAUGCAUUAUCGAUAUUUGGUUCAUUAUGAUAACAAUAUGGCGAAGGGAGAUGGAUUCAAUGUCUGCUCAGUGGCAGAUGACCUUGGUUGCCGGAACACAGCACUCAGCAACUUGGCUGACCACACUAGCUAUUUCCAAAUCGAUCAGGAUGAUUUCAUUAGAAAUCAUUGCCCACGGCAUGAGCUUAUUUAG